UUUUAAGUUACCAUGGAGGAACGUCGGAUAGCGGAUUACUUUGUGGUGGCCGGUAUGCCCGAAAAUCCACAAUUGUUGCAAGAAAGUAAUUUCAAAGAAUCGGGUCAUUUGCGAGCAGCCAAUUCAAUAGAACCAAUUACCGAUAUUGGUGUAUUCUUUCCACUACUGGGCGAAGAAGUGCCUGAGGGCUAUGAAGUUUUGGAAUCAACUCCCACCGGUUUGCCGGCCAAUUUAAAUUUUGGUUCACUAAGAUCGACAGAAUGUUUCAUAUACUUUAGACGAGGCAAAGAUCGCCCACCUUUAGUGGAUAUCGGUGUUUUGUACGAGGGUCAAGAACGUAUUAUGUCUGAUGCUGAAAUUGUUGCCGAAACUCCUGGCGGUCGUAUUGCCAAUGUCAACAAUUCAUCGGCAAAAACGUUUUUAACGUAUCGUCGUGCACCCGCCGAUAUGCCAUGUAACGAAUUGGUUGUUACCGAUUUGUGUGUCAUUGUCCGCAGUAAGGGUGAAAAGCCUCCGCAUGCUUUUUGUCUGAUAUACAAAUCGUUGAAUAAAGCCUUUACCGGCAGUGAUGUUUAUCUCUGCUAUAAGAAAUCAAUGUACCGUCCAAAACACAUCAGUUAUCAGCCAGAAAUUUUAUUACGUUACCCAACAGUGGAUCACAAUGAUUUUCCAUUGAAUUUAUGUCCAAGCGUACCGUUAUUCUGUUUACCAAUGGGUGCCUCGCUGGAGGCAUGGCCACAUGUUGACAAGAUGAAGAAGCGUAGACCCACAGCGCCAGUAUUUAGUACAUUCGUAUUGACCGUUAACGAUGGCACCUAUAAGGUGUACGGUUCAGCAUUGACUUUCUACGAAGAUUUCGAUGAAUCAAAGCUAUCGGAUCAACAACGCGAAUUACUUGGUUGGAAUGAAGAAUUUGCUCAAAAUCAUUCUUUGCAUAUCAUAAAGGCUAUAUGCUUGCUAUCUCAUUAUCCCUUUGGAGAUACUUUCGACAAAUGGCUAAAAUACUUACAUCGCAUGGUAGUUUAUGGACAAAAUUUGCCAAUACCAAUUGAACGUUAUAUAACACAGCUCUUGGAUGAGGUACCAUUUCCAGCUCCCAGUAUUCAUCUACAGUUAUCAAGUGAAUCAAAUGAUCGUAUCCUGCUUACACAACCUGAAGACUCUCCAUUGCCUAGAAGUGGUGCCGGUUUUCAUAUGUUAUUACAAAAUUUGGGUACAGACAAUUGUUUGCAUGUCCUGCUAUUGGCUUUGACUGAACAAAAAAUACUCAUUCACUCAUUGAGACCAGCUACAUUGACGGCCGUUGCUGAGGCCAUUGUUUCGUUGUUGUUCCCCUUCAAAUGGCAAUGUCCAUAUAUUCCCUUGUGUCCCCUUGGUUUAGCAGAGGUUUUGCAUGCACCAGUACCCUAUUUAAUUGGUGUUGAUUCACGAUUCUUUGAUCUUUAUGAACCGCCCACAGAUGUCACUUGCAUUGAUUUGGAUACAAAUACCAUAAGCUUGUGUGAAUCGCAAAAACAUCUGACUACAAAACUAUUGCCGAAACGAGCUGCACGUAUUUUAAGUCAGACCCUGGAUAGCCUGGAGGCCAUGAAACCAUCAAAUGUAGACAGUAACAAUAGUUUGGAUCGCGACUUAAGAAGACGCAGACGUGAGCAACAUUUGGAACAACGCAUACAAGAAGCAUUUCUUUUGUUUAUGGCAUCAAUAUUACGUGGUUAUCGCGAUUAUUUAGUACCGAUUUCUAAAGCCCCCUCAGUUGGUGCCACUGACCCUAGUGCCUUAUUUCAAUUGAAAGCUUUUCUACGUUCCCGAGAUAAGGCUUAUCAUAAAUUUUUCGAGUUAUUAAUGAAAACCCAAAUGUUUAUACGUUUCAUUGAGGAGCGAUCUUUUGUCUCGGAUGGUGAUCAUGGCCUAACAUUUUUCGAUGAAUGUGCUGAGAAGGUUGGCUCAUAUGAUGAGACGCCAUCGGAUGUGCGUUUGGUCGAAUGGGAAACAGGUCAAAGCAGUGAACGCACAAAAUACAUCUUUCCUCCUGAUAGUGUUGGUCCCUCUAAAGAUCCAAAUGUUCCUGAUCCUGUUUAUAAUUACGAUAGCUUUACUUUAAACCCCAGCCUACUAAAAUCGCCAGCCAAAACGGCUCUAAAUAAUUUAAUACAACAACAAAUCAAUGGAUGUUUAGCACCCGGCUCACCCAUUGCUCGUCGAACAAAACAUGAAAUAAAAUUAUCCCAAAAAUUAGCACGACGCUGUCAAAGUCAUCCUGAGUUAUGGUCAAAAUAUUUAUUGGCCACAUGUUAUUCAUUGUAUUUCCUAAUAUUACCUGCCAUGGUAUUGGAUGCCCGUCGUGCAGGCAAAGAACACGAAACGUUGAGAGCAGCCUAUAACAUGUUGCUCAAAGCCAGCAAAAUUAAAAUUAAUUGUGAUGAAUUUUGUUAUCGCAUUAUGAUGCAAUUGUGCGGCACUUAUAAUAUGCCAGUUUUGGCCGUACGCCUGCAUUAUCUUAUGAAGAGAUCAGGUGUACAACCGAAUGCUUUAACCUAUGGUUUCUACAAUCGGUGUGUUUUGGAAUCCGAAUGGCCCAGCGAUAGUACGACUCAAAGUCAAUUGCGCUGGAAUCGCAUUAAAAAUGUUGUCUUGGGAGCAGCCCAUUUCAAGCGGGCCGGAAAAUUAAGAGCCUCGAAAAAACCACUCUCAGCUUCAUGCGACAAUAAUUUAAGCACAUUGGAAACAGUGGAUGGAACAUCACGCACCAGUCUUGUGUCAUCGAAUUCAUCACAACAUAUUGCAGGAAUGGGUGAUGGUUAUGCCGUUAAUAUUUUAGACUUUUCAGCUUUCGAUAAGUUACGAUCAAAAUUGGGCAGUAUUGUAAGGCAAUCAAUUGGUUCGCAGGAUGCCACAGAUGAUGUUAUAUCAAGUGCUGGGUUACUAAUUCCAGGUGAUGCUAAAUAUCCAUCUGGUAAUGUCCAUGCCGCUUCUAAUGUUCACACGCCUGUUGGCGAUAUAGCAAAUUUGCCAACGCCAGAAAGUUUUGCUGGCGAUGCUGAAAUUGUCAAUAAACUUCAAAGACAACACACACUUACCGAAGCAAAUACAAAGAAAAUAAUGAAUAUUGGUGAUGGUGAUGAAGAAGACGAUGAGCAUGUAUGCAAAGAUGUGACCAGCUCUCAGGAGGAUUUAGAUCAUGAUCACGACGAAGAACCUUUACCAAUGGCCAGAGAUCAAAUUUUACAAAGUCCAACAAAGAUAUCUCCAAGAACCCCGGUCACACAAAAUGAUCCCUUGGGAGCCUUAAAUGAAGAUGAACAACCGUCCAUUCCUAGUAAUACCGCAACGUCCACACAAGAUCAUACGUCCGACAUGAAUUCAUCGUAUAACAAUAAUACUUUAUACAGCGAUAAACCAAUACUAUUUAAGGGUCAACGCAGUGCCACAUUUGACGAAUCGACACAAUUGAAUAAAAUGCAUCGUUCCGAAACAAUGCCUGGAUCGAGUGUUGCUUCAAGUUUGGCAAAUUUGGGAUCAUCGUUUAAAAUAAAUUUUGGACGUUAUUCACCUGCACGCAUGUCCACCUUUAAGAAAGACUUGAAAUUGCCCACCAAUAUUAUUGAAAAUAUUGCUCAAAACAUGAGUCCAAGUUUUACUGGCAAAAAAUCCAAUGAAAUUAUCCAAGGAAGUUUAAGCAGCAUCAAACAUGCCGCCACUUCCAUAACAAGGAAAUUCGAUGAAAUUAAGGGUGCCAUAUCGGCCAAUACAACACCUGUCAAGUCCAGUAGUUCAGGGCAAAAUUAUAUAGACAGUGGGGUCAGUGAAGAGGAUAUGAUUGCCCACGAAGAUGGUACAUUGAAAAUUCGUAGAGUAUCAAGCGACUUGGAACAUCCAUGGAGCCGUUUAAGUGAAUCGCGCAAAUCAAGUUACAAUAACUUGGUGCCUCUGGGCGAAAAUACAUCGACAAUGAAUUUAAAUACAGCUCUACUUUCGUUACCCGAUAAUCUUUAUACACCUCCGGAAGAUGGCCUAGAAGAUACCAGCGAUUGCGAUGUUGUUAUACAAAUGACAUCAUGUUCUCAAUGCCACAAUUGUUCCGUCUUACUCUAUGACGAAGAAAUCAUGUCCGGCUGGUCAGCCGAAGACUCCAAUUUGAAUACAACAUGUCAUGCAUGUAAUAAACUAACCGUCCCCUUUUUAAGUGUACGCAUUAUUGCACAGGAUGCCAGCAAACAAAACGAUGAAACAAAUAAAAAACCUAUACCAUAUUUGAAUCCGCUAGUUCUACGCAAAGAAUUGGAAAACAUUUUGACACAGGAGGGUGACUUGGCAUUGCUUAAGGCGAAUUUUGUCGAAGAACAUCCUAUAAUAUAUUGGAAUUUGUUGUGGAUUAUGGAGCGCAUUGAAAGUAAAACACAUUUGCCCGAUUUGUGUUGUCCACCGUUGGAUGAUGGCAAUAUUGAUCCCCUUAGCAAAGUGAAGCAUGUGAAAAUUCAAUGUCUAUGGGAUAAUUUGCAGUUGCACAGCGAAGCCGGUUUACCCAUGUACAUUUUGCAUAGGCAAACACCAACUACAAGUCCACUUAUAAAAGCAUUGCUCACCGAUCAGGCUCAACUGAACAAGAAUGUCAUCCAACAAAUUGUCACAGCCAUUCGAUGCAAUGAUCUAUUGAUGCCCGUUAAAAAAUUGGCAAAUGAACGACACAAACUAAAGCACAGUGGUGUGGAUCGUUCUCAUUCAAUAUAUCGUGACAUAUUGUUUUUGGCUCUAACGGCUAUUGGUCGCUCCAAUGUGGAUUUGGCCACAUUUCAUCGUGAAUAUGCUGCGGUAUUUGACAAACUAACCGAAAAGGAAUGUAACAUGUAUUAUCGUAAUCAGGAUUUACCUCCAUCCGCUGCGACAAUUUUCUGUCGUGCUUAUUUUAAGCCAUUGAGUAUUCCUUGACGAGAAGAAAAUAAAAAAUAUUUCUUCAAAGAGGAUAUACGUUUAGAUCGGAA